AUGCCAAUCACACGUCAAAAAGCUGCUUCUGAAGCUGCAUUUGCAUAUUCUCCAUUGGAUCCAGCGCUUACAAGUGGUUUCCGCAUUGUCACUCUCUUGCCCGGCGAUCGCUACAGUCCACUAUCAUGCACACUUUCCCAGGAGGAUUGGCGAGAUCCUGUGGGCCCCUACGAGGCAGUCUCCUACUUCUGGGGUGACCCCCGGCGCACCAAAGAUCUUUACAUCAAUGGCAAACAUUUCCUGGUCACUUCGAAUUUGGGUUCGGCCUUGCGACAUCUUCGCCAGGACGGCCGUGGCCAGCACCGACGUCUUUGGGUUGAUGCAGUCUGUAUCAACCAGGCAGAUAAUCAGGAGCGAAGUCAACAAGUCCGUCGGAUGUCAAACGUCUACAAUAAUGCCAAGCAAGUGAUUGUCUGGUUGGGCGAUGCUAACUCAGAGAGCAAUAAAGCUCUGACUUUCAUCAAUACGACCUUGCGUCCUUGCUUUGAAUCGGUUGGUUUCUCAUGUACAGAUGAGCAGGCCAAUGUUGUCUCUAGAUUCUGGGAAGAAUGGGAUGAGGGCAAGGACGAGGAGUGCUGGGGUGCAAUUGACCACCUGAUCACCCAGAAACAUGCCAGGAAUUGGGCGAGUGUGGCUCAAUUGCUAUGUCGGCCCUGGUGGAGCCGAGCAUGGACGGUACAGGAGCUCCUCAGCGCGCAAAGGGCCACCGUUUUGUGCGGAGGAAUGUCAUUGCCCUGGCCGCUCCUUGAUAUGACAAUACAAAUGAUGUUGCGGAACACCAAGAUCGAGGAGCUGUACGCUAAGAAGAAGCUGGAUAUCUUCCAUAAUGCGGUCGAGGACGCCUACGGAUUCGCAUACGAGCGCAGUCAUAGGAUCUUAGACGAAACUGAUGCCCUGGACUUUGUCAUGCUUAUGCAGGUCACCCGGUAUCGAGACUGUCAAGAUCCACGGGAUAAAGUAUUCUCUGUUCUGUCUUUGUUAUCCGUGGACUUCCAGGCAUCCUUUUAUCCUGACUAUCUACAGCCAGUCCCAAAGGUUUACGCAAGUGCAGUAAGAUCCUACGUCCAGCAUUCGGGUAAUCUCCAUACGCUUUCUUCAUGUUGCUUGUCAAUGCAUGCCAGCGUUCCCGGGCUCCCUUCCUGGGUACCGGAUUGGGGACUACCAUUCGAAAUGUCAUACAUUGGAGGUUAUUCUGCAAAAGAUACCGACUACAAUUUUCGUGCAUCUGGCGAUUUGUCUGCCUUAGCAUCGUUCUCCGAAGAUUUGCAGUUUCUUACUGUUUCCGGUUGGAAUAUUGAUACUGUCAAUAACAAUAGGUUGCAGAGAGACGCCGAGGAUUUCGAAUACUCAUACGACAAAGAGUCGGGCUAUGAACCUUGGUGCUCUUGGGAUAUUCACAAAAUCGUCGCCGAGUUGGAGAAAUCGGGAAAGGCAGUCCUUACACGCAAGCGCGAAAGUUUGCUCAAGGCAGUGUUCUACGCCUUGAUCGUCGACCGAGAUCCAAUCCGAGGCAAGAGAAGGCAGAACUUGAGACUGAUCAAGCAGCAUGGGAAGAUGUGGCCUGACUGCCUGGACGACUAUCUUGCCCACGUUCGGUUAUGGACACAGGAGAGAUCGCUUGUUUCCUCCACGGGUGGAUACAUUGGGCUCGCUCCCUCUUGCACCCUGCCCGGAGACAAGAUCUGCGUGCUCUAUGGCUUUCAUGCGCCUGUCAUACUGCGUCCUGGCACUGACGGAUCCUACACCUUCGUUGGAGACGCUUAUGUCCAUGCCUUGAUGGAUGGAGAGGUCGUAGCUUCUGCAAAUAAGACGAAAUUCAAAGAGGAACAAUUCGUGAUUCGAUGA